AAUCAAUGUCUGCAGAUGCUGGUACUCAAGUACAACAACCUGACGGCCGUGGGAGCCAGGAGGAUCGGAGACUUGCUGAGGAGCACGGUGCCGCUAGCAGGGUUGGACUUGAGCCACAACAUGCUGGGAGACGAGGGUUUCAAGGAGCUUUACUCUGCUCUCAGAGAGAACUCAAGCCUUACGAGCCUCUCCUUGCGUGCCAACGGCUUGACCAACGCUUCUCAGCUCCUCCUCCACGAC